CUCGGACCAGAUACAUUGGAUAUAUUGAAAGCCACAGUUUCAUCGAGGCUCAUUCAAGAUAGCACCUGGCAGAAGUUGGAACCUGGAAUUCUACUCAAUAACAUACAUACCCCCUUUCUCACAACGUUGAAACAUAGCCUUCUAUCUACCCUUACCUUUUCGCCUUGCCGGCGUUCACCAGCUCGACUAUACAUUCAACGCAUACUACUAAUUCCUCGCCAGUAAGGAUUGCAUCAUGUCUAGACGGCCUCCCAAUCCGGCUGCUGAAAGGGCGGCCCAAAACUCGCAGACUAUCAAGAGCCUCUUGAAAUUGGAAGCUAACAAGAUAUGCGCCGAUUGCAAACGAAACAAACACCCGCGAUGGGCGAGCUGGAACUUGGGCGUCUUUAUCUGCAUUCGUUGUUCGGGAAUCCACCGAGGAAUGGGAACCCACAUAUCGCGAGUCAAGUCUGUCGACCUAGACUCCUGGACCGACGAGCAACUACAAAGCAUCUUGAGCUGGGGAAAUGCGCGCGCCAACAAAUAUUGGGAAUCUAAAUUGGCAGCUGGUCACGCUCCCUCCGAAGCCAAGAUAGAGAACUUCAUCAGAACUAAAUACGAGUUGAAGAGAUGGGUAAUGGAUGGGCCAAUGCCGGAUCCCGCCAGCUUGGAUGUCGAGGGCGACGACGAUGUUCCGUUAAGCAUUGUAAAGGAGAAGCAGAGCAUAGACAGAAAAGAGUCGAUUCGGAAAAGUUCUGUGGGCCAUCAAGCUGGACCACGAGGCGCGGUCCCUCCACCACCUCAAGCAGACCUUAUCGGCGGCGACGAUAUUCCACCUAGAGCGAGCACUGCCGGGCCAGCUUCGUCGCAAGUUCCUCCCAAGUCAGCUCCAGCACCGCCAAAGGCAGUCAACCCGAAAGACUCGCUUCUGGGCUUGGACUUCUUGGGCGAAACGCCAGCUGCCCCCCCGCGCCCAGCAAGCACAACCAAUGCGGGCGGUCUAGGAGGCCAGUCGAGACCUGAUCUAAAGCAAUCUAUUCUUUCCCUCUAUGCUUCGGCUCCGCGACCUCAGCAGCCGCCUCAGCAGCCGUCGCAUUCCUCUUCUGGGUCAUUUGGAGGGUUUGGAGCGAUGCAAUCACCGCUGCAGUCCCCAACAAUGGGGCAUCAGCCUCAGAAGUCGACCAGCGGAGGACUCAAUGAUGCCUUUGCAGGCUUGAGCUUCGGAAAUGCUUCAGCUCCGAAGAGUCCUAAAACUGAUGCCUUCGCGGGCCUAACGACUAUGUCUAGUAACCGAUCUAGUAACCGGUCUACCCCCCAACCCGCAGGCUCGUCAUUCUCGAGCCUUGGCGGGGGAAGUUUCUUUGACCCGAAGCCCGCUCAGCCGACAUCGCAACAUAACCCUUCGACAAGUACAUCUGAUGCUUUCAGUGCAUUUAGUUCGCCUUCCGCCGUGCCGAAACCAGCACAAUCUUCCUCAGCGGCCUUAGGCGAUCUCUUCGACUGGUCUAGCUCUGCUACUCAACCGGCCGCUGCUCCAGCUGCCAAGCCAAUUCCCUCGCCAACAUCAACAGGCUCCGUCUUUAAUCUUUCCGCAAAUCAACCGAAGCCAGCUCCUGCGCCAGCGCCUGUCGCUAGUACUACUGCUUCUCUGAACACAUCCGCGUUGAAUAAUUCGGAUGUCUGGGGAAAUGCCUGGAGUAACCCUGCCCCGGCUGCAGUCCCGGCUUCGAAGAGCCCGCUAUCUGCUAAAUCCCCGUCGAUCAGUGCCGGUAACGACUUCGGCGCCUGGGGUAGCACCGGAGGAUCUUUCGCUACUCAGAGUAUAGUGCCAGGCGCCUCCGGAGGAUUUACUCCCGCGCCAAAGGUGGCAGCUGAUGAGGAAUUCGGUGGAUGGACGAGCAGUACUGGAACGUCUAACAACAAUGGAUCAAAGGCUGCUGGUGGAUUUGGGAGCGAGGAUUUGUUCUCCAACGUUUGGCAGUGAUAUGCUAAGCCCACGAGGCACAGGCCAAGGAACUUGACCACACUGGAACUUUUGUACAGAAUAGGGGUUGGGUCUAUGAAAAUUGAGUUCCAAGACAUCCAUUAGCCGUGUCUUCUGGCUCUGCCCCAGGUAGUCUUGUCAAAUAAAGAGUCAGCACAUAAGAUCGAACUAGAUAAAUCCAUUGGGCUGUCAAUUGAAAAC